UGAAGAACUGUGGAAGGAGGAGGAGGCUGGGCAUCAUCUCUCCGCUUGCAGGAGAGGACGCCGUGCUAGGGGCUGGGGUCAUCAUGCCCCUUGCCCUCCUUGCACCUUGCUGCUUGAUCAGGGCCAAAGCGGUCAGUGAGAAGGAGGUGGACUCUGGGAACGACAUUUACGGCAACCCCAUCAAGAGGAUCCAGUAUGAGAUCAAGCAGAUAAAGAUGUUCAAAGGGCCUGAAAAGGACAUAGAGUUUAUCUACACAGCCCCCUCCUCGGCAGUGUGUGGGGUCUCGCUGGACGUUGGAGGAAAGAAGGAAUAUCUCAUUGCAGGAAAGGCCGAGGGGGAUGGCAAGAUGCACAUCACCCUCUGUGACUUCAUCGUGCCCUGGGAUACCCUGAGCACCACCCAGAAGAAGAGCCUGAACCACAGGUACCAGAUGGGCUGCGAGUGCAAGAUCACACGCUGCCCCAUGAUCCCAUGCUACAUCUCCUCCCCGGACGAGUGCCUCUGGAUGGACUGGGUCACGGAGAAGAACAUCAACGGGCACCAGGCCAAGUUCUUCGCCUGCAUCAAGAGAAGCGACGGGUCCUGCGCAUGGUACCGUGGUGCGGCGCCGCCCAAGCAGGAAUUUCUCGACAUCGAGGACCCAUAAUCGGGCCCGCCACAGCCCUGUGGCCAACUGCAAAAACUCCAAGGGUUUCGACUGGUCCAGCUCUGACAUCCCUUCCUGGAAACAGCAUGAAUAAAACACUCAUCCCAUGGGUCCAUAUUAGUGCGAUUCUGCUCCCCGCUUCUCCUUAUAGACACGGUUGUGGGUCUGGAGGGAGACGUGGGUCCAGGGUCCUCAUCCCAUCCUCCCUUCGCCAGGCACUGUGUCUGGGGCUUUGAUCCUUGGGUGCAGGGCGGGGACACGUGGCUUCCCUCCCAGUCCCUGCCUUGGCACUGCCACAGACGCCGAGCAGGCAGCACUUGGGGAUCUCCCAGCUGGGUUAGGGCAGGGCCUAGAAAUGCGAAUUUUGCAGAAACUUUUGAGGGUCAUUGCAAGACUGUGUAGCAGGCCUACCAGGUCCCUUUCAUCCUGAGAGGGGCAUGGCCCUUGUUUUCUGCAGCUUCCACACCUCUGGCCCUACUGUAGCACUCUCUGCCCCUGGCAAGUGCCCCUGUCGCCCCAGUGUCCACCAUGAACUCCCAGCACCUGUGACUCCCCCAUAUCCAGGGGCAGCCUGGAACCAAUGGCUCAUUCUCCAAGGAGCCCCAUCCAUCCUAUUAAUCCUCAGAAUUCCAGGGGGAGCCUCCUUCUGAGCCUUGUAGAAAUGGGAGUGAGAAACCCUAGUUGAGCCACGUUCCAGCCUCAGCUGCGUCUUUCUGGUCUCCCGCACCCCCCACCCAUGUGCUCCCCAGCCGGCAGGGGGAGUCUGUGAGGUCCUGUCCUGAGGCUGCUGUGUGGGGCUGGUGGCUGCCCUCAAGGUCCCUUCCGGAGCUGCUGCAGUUGCCACUGCUUCCUGCCCCUCCUGGCAUCAGGCGCCUGGAUUGAGCUGUGCGGCUUUGCUUUGUCCGGGCUUGUGUGCAGGGCCUGGCUGUGCUCCCAUCUGCACAUCCUGAGGAGGGGAAAAGCUGGGUUCUCGCUGUGCCCUCCUGCGUUUAAUGUUCUCUCCUUCAGAGACUGACAGGCAUCGUUCUCCAUGGGGCUUUCUGCAUGUGACGCUGGAUAAGCGUAGUAAGUCCAGCCUAGGAAGGGAAGGAUUUUGGAGGUAGGUGGCUUUGGUGACACUCUCACUUCUUUCUGAGCCUCCAGGACACUGUGGCCUGUUUUAGAGACAUCUCAUUUUUCUAAAGAUGAAUUCUCAGAUGAUAUGUGAACCUGAGUUGCAGAUAUACCAACUUCUGCUUUUAUUUCUUAAAUUACAAAGAUUAUCUAGUUAAGAAACUUCCUAGGGAACUGGGGAAACUAUGUGUUUCCUGAAGCUAGUGAGAUAGGGGUUAAGAUAGGAAGAACUCUCUCGGUAAUGAUAAGGAGACUCUCUUGUUUCCUCCUGUGUUGUAAAGAUAAACUGACGCUAUACAUGCACAUUAUGCAGACAUGUAUACACACACACACAGUGAAACCGAAGCCUGACGCCCGCGCACGGUCCUGCAAAACGCUUCCAAAGCCACCUAAGCCUGUUCUAUUGGCAGCAACCCCAAAGCACCUGUUAAGACUCCUGACCCCCGAGUGCCCUGCAGCCCCCAUGCCCACCUGGGACCUGGUCAGCACAGAUCUUGGUGACUUCCCUUUCUAGGGCAUACUGGGAGGGUUUCCAGGAAUCAGCCCCUGCCCUACAGGCGUUCAUGCUGUACAGUGAUCUAAAGUUGGUAAGAUGUCAUAAUGGACCAGUCCAUGCCACUCCAGUGUAUACAACUCCACCAGACCCCUCUGACCCAUAUAACACCCCACCCCCGUUCGCUUCCUGUAUGGUGAUAUCAUAUGUAACAUUUACUCCUGUUUCUGCUGAUUUUUUUUAAUGUUCUGGUUUGUUUUUGACAUCAGCUGUAAUCAUUCCUGUGCUGUGUUUCUUAUUAUCCUUGGUAGGUAUUAGACUUGGACUUUAAAAAAAAACAAACAAAAAAAAACCGUUUCUGCAUCGUGGAAGCGUUUGACCCUGAGUGGAAAGCGUGGCCUCUGGGGUGGCUUCCUUCAGGUCUCUUUCCUUUGGUUCUCUGAGUAUUCUUUGCUUUCAUCUGUCUCCCGUCUUUGGUUCUCCUGUUCAAAUUAUUACAAAGUAAAAGAUCUUUGAGUAGGAUUGGUCUGAAAGGCGGCCUUUAUAUUCUAUAUUCGAUCCACACACGUUGGUCUUUUAACCAUGCUGAGCAGAAAACAAAACAGGUCAAUAUAAGUGCCCCGUGGCAGCCGAGAGGCGAAGCCGCUCAAAUAACUUCCCAGUGAAUAAUGGCGAUAUAUAUAUAUAGUUUAAGAAGUCUCUCCAUUUGGCAUCGUUUAAUUUAUACGUUAUGUUCUAAGCACAGCUCUUUUCUCCCUUUCAUCCUGCAAGCAACUCAAAAUAUUUAAAGUUUACAUUGUAGUUAUUUUCAAAUCUUUGCUUGAUAAGUGUGAAGAAAUAUCGGACUUGCUGCCGUAAUUUAAAGCUCUGUUGAUUUUGUUUGUUUCUGUUUGGAUUUUGGGGGAGGGAGCACCGCGUUUAUGCUGGAAUAUGGAGUCUGAGACCUUCCUGUGCUGGGAACACACAAGAGUUGCUGAAAGUUGACAAGCAGACUGCGCAUGUCUCUGAUGCUUUGUAUCAUUCUUGAGCGAUCGCUCGGUCCGUGGACAAUAAACAGUAUUAUCAAAGAGA